CCCCUGCUCCAGCAGUCACGGUUCUUCCUCACACUCCGGGAUCUCGACGGUACCGGAAAGCGACGACCUACCCAGCCGAGGAGGACACCACGGUUUAAACACUUCAUGACACGACUUUACAAGACACGUCAAUGUUGGGUCGCGGUGUGAAGCGAAAGAGGAGCUGCUUGGAGGAGCUGGAGGUGGAGGUUCUCCCCGAUGGCGCGAGGAAGCCAGACAGGAAGCAGGAUGGGGGCGAGGACAGAGAGGAGGAAGCGGCGGCGAGCCUCCUGCAGCAGCGCCAGGUGGUCCUGGGCCUCUGCCUGAAGAAGCUGCAGGACGACCAGGCCGGCGUGGAGCUCAGCCUGCGCCGCUCCGUGCUGCUCGCCAACACGCUGCGGCAGAUCCAGGAGGAGAUGUGGCGCGACAGGACGAGAGGUCCGGACCGCCUCGACCCGGACUCCUGUCUGGUGAGGGACGGCUUCAGGGAGGACGUGUCUGUAACGUGUCCCGGGUGCGCAGAGGACGGCUGCUGCGACGCUGUGUCUCCUGAUGCCCCCUCUCAGGACCCUAACGGACCCUCGGACCAGCAGAAGCCCCCGCCGGCCCCCGCCGGGAGCACGUUGAGCGACAGCGCCACGGGCUACCUGAGCGACCUGGCGCUGGACGAYAUCUUCGAGGACAUCGAUACGUCCAUGUACGAGACGUCGGACCUGCCUUGGUCCUGCGGGGGCGGGGCUCUGUGGCCCCUCGGCGUGUCGCUGUGGCCCGAGGAGAACCUGAAGCCCCCCAGCCUGUCCUCGGGCGGGGGGCUCCAGUCGUGUCUGAUGGACCUGAACGACCUGGACUACAUCAUAGAGAUUCUGGUGAAGUCCUGAUGCUGGACCGGGUUUGGGUCAGGACCCCUGAAGGACACUAAACUUCUGAUACCUCGUUUAUUUGAACCAAACCUGCUUUUCUGCUGUUUUCUCUUCACUAAAGGCAGUUUUACUCGAGAUUUAUGGAAAAAAAAACUUUAGUUUUUUACAAAAACAAGUUGAAAAUCGUCUAGAAUCACAGAAAACAGGAAAACCUGAGUUUUAUUUGUUUAUUUAAACUAUUUUCUCGUGUAUCAUCAGGUUCUCCGUCAGAGGAAGCUUCAUUUAUUUCUUCGGCUCAUUUGCGAAACUUCGGCUCAGGUGGAAGCAACCUGAGCCGGUGCAGCUCGGGUCAGCCGGGCCCGUCAGAUCGGACCUGCCCGGGUUGAUAAUUAAUUGAAAUCCCUUCAAUUACUUAAGAGGGCGUGCUGCAGGCGGGAGGGCAAAGGGCCGGUUUCAGCGCCGCGACAAACUGUUUCCUGUUGCACAAACGUCCAGGAAAGGAACAAAAAUCAGCUGAAGAAAUGUCGAUUAUUUCGGCUGGUUGUGCACUGAUCUACGUCCAGCUUCUGUAAAAGGAAGGAAAGUGUCACAUAAAUGUGACCCAUCACAUCGAAACAAGGAUUAAGUCUAAAAAUUGGUUUAUGUAGAAAUAUGCAAAUGUAGUGGUUUUGAUUAAAACGUUUGCAAAAAUUGCAUUUUGUCAAAAUAAAAUGAAAAACAUCUGAAAUUUAAUCAUAAAA